CGCUGAAUUGUCGGCGCUGAAAUCAAACUGUUCCACCAAUUCUGAUAGCUCUGUGCCUUUGUGAUUUUAUGGAAUAAGAGCGCGACUUGACGGUCCGGCUAUAUCGAGCUCGAAAGCUGUCAGUCAAGGAUGUGGAGGGGGUAAAUUCAUUUGCCCGCACGUCUACUGUACCAGCGAUAAUGGGAAGGGAGCACGGAUAAGGGACGAAAUAAUAUCUUGAUCAUUGGAGAAUACAACCGGGAAAGACAGCGCAAGAGGGGUCCCAUCUGCGGUCCGUCUGCGAUGACACAAUGGGCGAAACAUCGUGGCCCCCGAAAUCACCCCGUGAUGCUUUACUGAGCUCGCCUAGUGGUCGGAGAAAGUACCAGGAUAUGCAGAAUAAUCGAAUAACGUCGCCCUUGAAGCGAUCGUCUACGACGCCAAACUUGCAGGCCAAGUCGCAUCGGUUGUUACAAGAGAGCGUUGGCGACGAAGACGACGACGAAGACGACGACGAAGAGACCUUGAAACUGAAGCUUGCAGCAAUCGAGGCUCGUCUAAGGCUAAAGAAGCUACAGAAACAAGCAAAGACUGGACGAUCGAGUUCAGACCUUGAAGGGGAUGAGGUGCCAUCGAGACUGUCUUCAGCUGUCGGCGCGUCUAGCCGGCUACAAAGGGAUGCCCAUGGAAAGGAACCAGAAGAUGAAAUCCAAGUUCCGCUUUCCCCGACGAGGAAGGUUGCACCGCCUGUUGAGCCGGAGUCUCCUCGGAGAUUUGUGCUUGGUAUAGACAAGGGGAUGAGAGGGAAGGAUGUAUCACUUCGACGACCACCAAACUCGAGAGUCUCCGGUCGGCCAGAGAGUGCGUAUGGCGGUCGAGCAGGCGUGGCACCACGUUCUGCUCAUUCAUCCAGUGCUACAAGUGCUUCGUCGCCGUUCCGUGAUUCCCCACGACCAAAGAGUUUCAGUGAGAGGAUCGCUGAAAGCAGGUCUGUGGAGAAGGACCGGCGAGAACGCGCGGAGAGAUCCCAACAGACUCGCAGCUCUGCUUUCCAGUUCGACAAGGAAGAAAUGGAACGGUUCAAGGCCGCGGCGGCGGACGCAAAACCAGCCUCGAGAUCUGCCACUAGGUCUCGGCCAGUGGAGAGCUUCAGCCGAGAAGAUGUCCUCAGAUCACUCCAUCAGUCUACGUCAACAAGGCAAAGAAGCCAAACGAUGCCUAGUAUACAUGCGAAUGACUCGAGCCGACCCUCUUCUGGUUCCCGCGAGACACAGUCCUUCCAGGGACAAAGACCACGAUCACAGGGACGUUCGGACUCGCACCAGUCUCAUGUCCCAGGUGACGCUGACGAAGAGAAACAGAGCGAAAUUAAAGCAGGCGAUGCCUCCAAGUACGAGGCAUUUUCCUCUUUACAUCUUUCCAGUCGCAUAUUACCGCACUCCUUUUUAAGUCGGACGCUCGAAGGCAAGAAGGUCAUUACCAUCCCCCAGCUCUUAAGGAUGGUCAAAGCCCCGGAUUUUGAGCUAGAUGUGGAUGGUGAUUAUGUGGUCUUUGGUAUAGUCGCCUCGAAGUCUGAUCCAAGGGAGCGCAAGGAAUCGAAAAACAUUGCUAAAGAGACCGAUCGAUUCGACGACGGUCUGAACAAUACGAACAAAUAUAUGGCCAUGACGCUUACUGAUCUCAAAUGGUCUGUCGAUCUUUUCCUCUUUGAUACAGCUUUCCCAAGAUACUACAAGCUCUCCGAGGGUAUUUUGAUCGCCGUCCUAAACCCUACUAUCAUGCCCCCUCCCCCGAACAAAAUCGAUACCAACCGGUUUAGCUUGGCUAUCUCAUCAUCAGAUGACACGAUCCUUGAGAUUGGAUAUGCGCAAGACAUUGGGUUUUGCAAGGCCGUGAGGAAAGACGGCAAGACGUGCCACUCCUGGGUCGAUGCACGCAAGACGGAGUUUUGUGACUUUCACAUCGAUGUCCAAAUUCGGCGUACACAGGCACAGCGGAUGGGCGUGAACAAUGGAACUGGUAUGUUUGGGCCAGGAGGGAGAUCAGGUCCGCGAACUGGUGAUUUUGGUGGGGAAAGACGAGCAGGACAGAGGGGCAAUGGGUUGAAGCCUGAAGGUGCACAAUACGACCUUGGGACUCAAUCCACAUUCUAUGUCGCUCGAGCUCCAAGGAUGAAUAGUGACUAUGAUCAUUCCUUGGGUUCUGCCAACCUCUUUAACCGAGGUCAAUCAGCAGCCAGCUUAAUUGAUGCUGAUGACCCUUUCCUCGCAGCUGGUAUGACGGGUCGUGGGAAGGACAGUAGAGCAGAGCGUCUUCGCAGGCGCCUUGCCGAGCAGCAAAACGAGCGCAACAUCAAGAGGCUGGUGACAUCGGGCGCUGCCACUGGCAUAGGUGGAGAGUACCUGCGAGCCCGAGUCAGCGAGAAUCGUCCGUCGUCUUCAUCUCGCAGCGACGGCACCCCAGCUUCGACUGGGUCAAAGGACGACAAAACCGCAACUCCCAUAUCAUCUGACUUCAACCUAAGCAGCCUAAGAGCACAAGAUGUCCGCCUGGAACACAAGAAACGCGCCCACGACGGCGACAAGCCUUCGAAUAUAGUGAAAAAGACACGCUUCAUCACCCCGAAAGGAAUUCGGGAAGCAGGUCGAGACAGUCUCGGGGGCCCGUCAGACCUGAAUAGUCUGGCGAAGACCUCUGAUAAUAAUGAUUAUGACGACGAUGACGAGUUGGAUAUCAUUUAAAAAGAGAGAUACCACCAGGGAUAGAUACCAGGGACUUCUCUACCAUUCCCACCACCGUCCCCUGUUUGCUUUUGGUGUUUGUUAUCUAUGUAUGAGUACAUCUGCAUAGGUCUACUGGAUAGCACACUUGCUGAAGACUAGAGUUAUUAAUUCAUCAAUCAAUAAUACCUCAG